AUGUCCACUCAUACUCGCCGUACAGGAUCAUGGGAAACAGAAGAAGACCAGAAGUUGAAACGGCUUGUAAAGACGUUAGGAAUAAAGAAUUGGAAACUUAUUGGAACACAGCACGGCACGAGGGAUGGCAAGCAAUGUCGAGAACGCUGGACCAACCAUUUAGACCCAAACCUUUUAUAUUCUCCUAUUACGCAUGAAGAGGAUCUGCAAAUUUUGGAAAUGUACAAAAAACUCAAUACCAAAUGGGCGGAAAUGGGUAAACAGCUAAAGAGACCGGCCAAUAUGAUCAAGAAUAGAUUCUAUUCCAAGCUGUACAGACGUGUAGAGAAAAACCAACAUGAAAAGAAAUGGUGCAGUGAGAUGAGUAAGCUCAGGGAAGAACAUAUACGUGAAAAAGAUGAAAUAAGAAAAAUUAAAAAGGAUGGCAGACAUUUUAAGAGGAGCAAUGACGCUGAAACAAGGAAAAAGAAAACUAGAGUUGGAAAUAAAAGUAAAGAAGUCAAUCCAGCACCGGAGAUUAUUUUUCCCGUUCAAACCUCUGCUCUUGUUACUUUGGACACUACUCCGAUACACCAUUCAAAACUUUCUACAAACGACAAUGGUUCAACUUAUCUGUAUCCAAAUUCUUAUAAUGCACAUCAUGGGCCCAACACCCAUGAUACCAUUAGUUCGUAUGUCUACCAUAAGCCUUCACAAUUUGUAAGUUUAAUUUCCUCAUACAUACCGCUCACCCCGCCAUAUACACCAUUGUCAUCCGAUGCGUAUGUUGAGAAAUCAAAUUGGAUGUCGACAGGACUCUGCAACGACAUAAUAACUGCUGACAAAGUAAAGGUAGAAGUGGAAACGCGUACGGAACUCGGGCAUGACGUAACUGACUCACUGAUGCGACUCGCAGACGUUGCUGUAGAAGAAAAGGAAAAAUUAGCAAAUAAUUUACCAACGAGAAGUCUGGACGUCAUGUCUAUCGAUACUUUAUUGAAUUGA